CUACUUUGCAUCCAGGAUAGCACACCUUCCUAGUCCGCAGUAUCACUACGUACACUCCUGACCUGCACACACAACACUACCUGACCUUUUUAUUUACAGUCUAUGUACCUGACUCACACGCAUCCAUCAAACAGUGUCCAUAGCAACCACGCCAAAAACGACACUUUGAAUAUGGGUCUAUAAUCAAGUCUCCGUUUUUAAUAUUCGUCAGUUUUGAAACAUGUCUUUCAAAUAUUGAGGACUGAUCCAUAGACUGUAAAUAACCGGCGCGUUUCCUGUCAUCCGACCGGUCAUUUUUCACUUCCGCUCCCGUUGCUGCGACACAGUACGUCACCAGCAAUGGCGGACAAGGAGAAGCGCCGGUCAGGGGCUACUCCUCCAGGGAUGCCCGAGGGCAAAGGCACCAAAUCGGACACCGACAGAGAGUUCCUGACGCAGGGUGGGGUGGGAGAGCUGCUCCGCGGAGCCAUCUUGAAGAUGGUCGAGGCCAGAUCAGACGAUCCCAUCGGGUUCCUUGCAGACCACUUCUGCAACCUCGCAUCCGUGCCAGAGACCGGCACAGCUGGAUGCAGCGAUGGGGAUCAGUUUAGUAACGGCCUGGUGAGCGCAGGUGCGCAGGAGCAGCAGCAUCUUAACCGAGCACUGUGGCACCUGAGGCUGGCACACCACUCCCAGAGGUCAGCUUUCAGCAACAAUGUCCGUGUGGCCUACGACCUUUUAAACCUGACUGGCCCCCUCAGACAGUCCAGUGAGGCUCCUGAAGGCCCUGAUGGCUCCAUGGCUGACAGCCCAACAGCAGGAGGAGGUGGUGGAGGUGUAAGAGGAGGCCUUUACACACAGACUCUUCAGUGUCUGUGCAGCGAGGGCGGGGUCCCUGCCUCCACAUCGGCCCCUCUCCUUCGUCGGCUCCACUGCCAGGACCACGAGGCCGUCCCUUAUGACAUCUUCCGUCACGGUGUGCUCACAUGUGCAGUUUUCUCAGACUACAUCCGGCAGGCUCAGAGGCUUUACGCUGAAGUGUGCUGCCCGGAUGAAGGGCCUGCCUCUCGGGCCCUGUGCCUGGCUGUGCUGGGGACCUUAAAGGAAGCCCUGGAGACUUCUCAAGGCUGUGAUGCAAACUGUUCCCCUAAUGCUAAUACUAAGAGUACUCCCUGUUUGGAAGCUAAUGUGAAGGCUAUACGCUACCUGGAGGCCAGUGCCAAGAUGUCUCCCUAUAAGCUAGCUCAGGCUAUAGCUGGAGCCCAGACACGGGGCCCUGGUGGUGAUAUGGACGCUAAGGAGUUUGAGAAUGCAGCUGCAGAGCUUUUUAUCACUCGGGUGAAAGUUGUGUCCUAGGUUUCUCAUACCUGAUGAAUGUACAGAAUUAAAGAGUUUAUCUUAGAGUGAAUAAUAACUUGUGUUCCCUUUCUAACCUCUAACAAACAUAUUCACUCUGUGGCCAUUUUCCUCUUUCAUUUGAGGCCCAAACUUUGUUUAAAUGUUGCAGUGCCGUGUCCUCUGAUUUUAAGUUGUAUCAGCUUCAGGUUUCUGACCACAUUUAUCAUUUUACUAUUUCCUGAUUGCAAAAAAUAAAAUAAAAUGGGAUAAACUGUGAAAUUUAAAAUUAGUUAACUAAUUAUUGACUAGUAGAUGGCAGUUAAUGUUUACAUUGAAAAAUACCAAGCUAAUGUUACUAUUAGCUUACAUUGGGCUGUCUUUUGAAAAUGGCGUAAUUUUACUAGCUAACAGUAAUACUAUCAAAAAUUGGUAUGAUGCUGACAGAAGUUUUUGAGUGGGUUUCAACCAUUGACUGUAUAAAAUAUGGAUGUAGGAUCCGUGACGUCACCCAUCUGCGUCUGAAGCGCUGAUUGAGGCCAAUCGUCAACGGCAGCCAUAUUGCUGCUGUCGAGUCAGUGUGAUGUAAAGAGGUGGGCUUUGAGCCUCCUAGCCAACAGCUACAGUGUUCCCGCCUGUCAAUCAAUUCAGCUGUGCCUCUCAUUGGAAGACUCGGAAUCUCAACAUCUUUGAAAUUGCCCGGUUGAAAAAAAUCUCCCCCCCAACGUUGUGUGUCGAUCAAGAAAUAAGCUAUCCAGACUACACUAGUCUUUUGUACCAGGCUGUAAACAUGUUUAUUUCUGCUGUAAAGAUCGUCUUUUUUAAAUUAGUGUGCAUGAGGUUUCAGAACUUCCGGAGCCAGCCUCAAGCGGAGCCUUUAUGAAGUGCAGUUUUUAGCACUUCUGCAUUGGACUUGAUCUGACUACAUUUAUCAUUUGACUAUUUCCUGAUUGAAAAAAAAAAAAAA